CAUUAUCUACUGAGCGUAUUGUUCAGAAUGUUUUCUAUUGAACGAAGGGCAUAGAAAGCAUUUAGGAAGAGGAGAACAUGUUCUCCGUGGUUUUAAUCAUUGUUUUCAGCAUUGCAAAUCUUACAACCACGGCAGAGCGUGAUGAGGCAAGUAAGUCGUCUAAACUUCGUGAUUACUAUUUAAGGAGUGCUGUAGUGUUAACCUGGUGUUACCUUUCUCCUGUUUACAAAGCAGCUGUAAUGUAUUCAUAAUGUUAGUUUUCAUUUUUCUAGAUUGUUUACAGUAUCAUAUUGAAUUAUUGUUUAUAUAGAUUUGAAAAUAGUAGAUCAAGACAGUAAUUUUUUUCUUUGAAAUCCUGCAUUGGUGGUCCCUUAUUGAUCCACUUGGAUUUAUAUAUAGUUAUAUAAUAUUUUCUUAUAUCCUUUUAAAAAUAGUCCAUUCAAACUGUGAGUUAAUGUAAUCAAAGUGGCAAAAAUUAACAUACUUGCCAGCUGUCCCGAUUUUCACAGAAUAUUCCUAGUUUUUGGUCUCCUGUCCUGCUAUACAAUUGUACUCGGUUCUGCAUUUGAAAAAUGUCAUACAAAAUAAAUCUAAUAGCACUUACACAAAAUGCACUUUAAAGGACUUGUGACACUAAGCCACCACUUACACUCAGCUUGCAUAAACUAUAGAUAGAGAUAGGGUAAAAGUGGGCUUCUUUGCCUAUUGUUGGUGCUGUGCUGUAAAUAACCUUACUAUUCCAAGGAUGUGCUCCAGAAAUGCUGGGAGAUUGGUGAUAUAAUCUGCAAUAUAAGCAAUUGGUAGGUCUUAAUUAUAUUGUUAUAUACGGUGGUACCUCGGUUUACGAAUAUAAUGCGUUCUCCGGGACGUUUCUUAUUGCAAAGAAUUUGUAAACCGAAACGCGGUUUCCCAUAGGAAUGCAUUGAAAACCAAUUAAUCUGUUCUGGAGGUCAGAAAAAAGUCAAAAUGAGCUGGCAUGGAAACCAACCCACAAUGCAGAACACACAGUAAAAGGCAUGCAAACGACAAAGCUCAGCUCCCUACCUUUCCACAGCUUGAGAAAUGCACCAAAAAAGUUCCAAAAAGUCCCCAAACCACUUCAAAAAAUUUCCAGAAUGGCACCAAAACUCGAUGCACAAAGCUGCCCCAACACCUCCACCCUCGAAGCCACGUGCUACCCACAUACUUCAAAAUGCACAGGGGUAGCAAUAAAAACCUCCCAGGCUCAAUGCAUUCUGGGAAAACUUGCUUUGUAUUGCAAAAAAAAAUUGUAAACCAAGGCAUUAUUUUCAAUGGAUUUUCAUUUGUAAACCGAGGCAUUAUUUUUAAUGGAUUUUCAUUUGUAAACCAAAAAUGAUGUUAACAGAGGCGUUUGAAAACUGAGGUACCACUGUAUUGGUAUGGCUAUAAGUUAUAUGACUAGGGUCAUGUAGCAGAGACAUAGUGUGUAGUACUUUGGAAACUAGUGGGUAAGGCCAACAAUGUAAAACUGCUUUCUUGAUUGUUCUGUUUCAAAGUGGACAUUUUUUUUUAAGCUAUAGGUCACUGCAUUCAUAAAAGUGUAGUUUCAUUACAGCACUAUUCAAAAGUUACAGUUAGUGUAAAGUUAGGAUUUAGUGUAAAGUUAGGAGGUGUGAAAUGUUAGGAUUAGUUAAAGAAAUACUGUAGUUCAACAAACUGAAGUGGUUGUGGUGCCUGGAGUCCAUGAAUGAUGGUUCUGCAUCAGUAAUAAACCAUUUAUUUACUGUUAGGUAGAGAUUCUCAGUGAAAGGCUGCAUGCAGCACAGCCUCAAAUAAUGAUAAGGUGCUAUGCGUUAUGCCAUACCCAGUGGUGUAUCCUGGUUUUGUGCUGCCCUAGGCAGGACAAAACUCAGGCGCCCCCCCCCCCUCCGCGACAGCCCCCCCCCCAACCCUUCCCCCCCGCCCCGCCUUCUACACACAUUCACUGACAGAUACACAUACACUCGCUAACAGAAACACACACACUAACAGACACACUCACUAACAAACACACUCACUAGCAGACACACACACUCACUGACACACAGUCAGACACACACAUACACACUAACAAACACAGUCAGACACACACACUAACAGACACACACUCACACUCACACAGUCAGACACACACUCACUGACACACACACACUCACAGGCAGACACACUCACACUAACAGACACACACACACUAACAGACACACACACUCACUAGCAGACACACACACACUAGCAGACACACACUCACAGGCAAACACACACUCACUGACACACACACACUCACAGGCAGACACACUCACACUAACAGACACACACACACACACACACACACUAACAGACACACACACACUAGCAGAUACACACACACACUCACAGGCAAACACACACUCACUGACACACAGUCAGACACACACACUAACAGACACACACUCACUCACUAGCAGACACACACACCCACACAGUCAGGCACACACACACUAACAAAACACACACAUUAACAGACACACUCACAGACAUAUACACACACUCACAUUAACACAUUUUUAUUUACCCCCUGGUGGUCCAGUGGCUGCUGGGCUGGGUGGGCGGCUGGCGAGGGAGCUGAGCAGACUGCUCAGAGGAAGAGCUCCCCCACCAGCCGCCUGCCCAGCCCAGCGCCCAGUGUCAGUUAGCAUGUCAGUUAGCCGCGAGGCUAACUAGGCAUUUGCCCUGGGCAUUUGGGGGGGCGGCGUUUUUUGCCGCCCACUGGAAAAUGCCGCCCAAGGCAAAUGCCUUGUUUGCCUCGCGACUAAUACGCCCCUGGCCAUACCAGAAGUAAUAGGCAAUGAUUUUGAGGGAACAUCAUAUAAGCGCUCCCAACCAAUUACUGCCCCAAUUCCUGGUAUAAAUUUGUAUGGCACAAACCAGAAGCACAGCUCCUCCUCUACCAUAUCGUCAUAUUAUUAAUAAUGAAUCUUAAAGGGUCACUGUAAUCAACAAGAUGACUUCAGCUUGCCACAGUGGAUAUAUUCCAUAAAUUGCCUUGGCAUUGUCUCACAGUAUAACGUCAACCUAAUUUGGAAUUGUUUGACAAAAACCAAGGCUAUUAUCAGCACCCAAAGAUGACUCCAUUUUGCAAUAUCCCUUUCAUCCAACAUGGACAGCAUAGUUUAGCUUAUAGUGCUGGGAAGUGUUUAUUUUUCAUUAUCAAUGCGGCCAAGGAAGGAGCAGUUUCGAGGCUCAGGUUUAUGUCAAACUAUUUCUUAUGCAGUGCAUGCUGUAAAACAAACAAAUAAAACACACAGGUCACUAAAUAACAUUUGCCGUGAGGCCAUGGUGAUAUUAAUUAAGAUUUUAUAUAUAAACAUAAAAAUAAACUAGUUUAGCAUUAACCCCUUAAGGACCAAACUUCUGGAAUAAAAGGAAAUCAUGACAUGUCACACAUGUCAUGUGUCCUUAAGGGGUUAAAGGGACACUAUAGUCACCAGCACAACUUUAGUUUAAUGAAGCAGUUUUGGUCUAUAGAUCAUGUCUCUGAAGUCUCACUGCUCAAUUCUCUCCCAUUUAGGAGUUAAGUCAGUUUUGUUUCUGUUUAAACAGCACUAGCCACAACUCCCCAGUCUGUGACUGACACAGCCUGCAUGAAAGUAAUAUGGUUUCAUUUUUAAUCAGAUAUAACUUAGCAAUAGUGAAGACAUUCUAAAUUAAACAGACUGUGCAAUAAAGGAAGGAUAAACAUUAGAUGACCCUUUACAUCACAUGUAGGGAGGUGUGUCUAGGGUGCCAUAAACAAAAUUAUCUUACUUCUAAAUGGCAGCGAAUUGAGUAGUGAGAAUUCAGAGGCAUUACCUGGACACCAAAACUGCUUUAUUAAGCUCAUGUUGUUUUGGUGAGAAUAGGGCUCAUUUAAACCAACAUGUAUUAGCCAGUCAGCCAUAUAUAAAACUGAGUGCCUUAAUCAAACAGAUUCCAAAACAGUCUAUUUGAAGGAGAUCAACCUUAACCUAAUAAUACACCACAGCAAUUAAUAAAUACUAAAACAACAUUACAUGUAAAUAUUCCUAAAUAUUUACAAUUACAUUUAUAGGGUGGGGUGGGUGAAAGACAUUGCUCAGAAAGUCGCUUGGCACAGGCAAGUAAAGGGGUAAAACAGUGUGUAUAUAUAUACACACACACACAAAGAUUUUGUUUUUUUUCACCUUGAUCUGCUAUUACCAUUCAACAAAGUCCCUUCACAAUGAGUUUGGAGUUAUGUCGGCAGGAGAGGUGGGGGCUGGACUGGAGAUAGUGUGGGCGGGAGGAGGUAGGUUUAGAACUCAAGCAGGGAGCUAGAAGGGAGGUAAAGGCAGAAGCAUUCUGUGGUGGGACGAGAGGGGGCGAAGCCUGAGGCACUCAAUCUGAUGGUUACUGAUUCAGACAUAACACUGGCCCUGGUCAUAGCAACCCCCUAGUGAGGGGCACCCGGGGCGAACCACCCUUAGUACGCCACUGAGUCAAACACACAAGAUUAAUCCAUAGGUACAAGAAACAUGUAGUUCACAACAUGGCUGUCAAAGGGGAUGCAAUUUACUGAAGGCUCGUUAAUUUUCAGCAAAGACACUAAAUGUUGUAUCAAUGUGUUCUAUUACCUUUCAAGAUAACAUUUUUGUAAAAAUAAAUAAAUCAUACUUACAUUAAAUAUUUGCCACAUACUUACACUACGUGAAUGCAGAAAUCAGUCACUCCUGGUUUUAAUGUGUUCUGGAGACUUCCAUUAAUUAGAUUUUAGUAGUAGACAAUCUCAUCUUAGCUUAUGCAGAUGCAAAAGGGGAGGAGACAUCAUGUCAGUUUUGGUUAACUGGGGAGUUCUGACAUUUUUUAACAGGUUAUUUUCUGCUGAAUGUUGACUAUUUCUGUUGUCAUCAUUGUAAUAGGUUCUGUUAUGUCUUUGAUAUCAAGGUAACAUUCAUCAUGUAAUAAAGUUUUCACUUGGCAAUACAAAUUUACAGAACUUACUACAAUGCAAAAUGUAUGAGGGUUUGGGUUGUGCAAAUCAGCAUAAGAGAGUGAAUACUGAAGGUGCACUUUCUUCCCCAGGUACCUCAUUGAGCUAGACAGGUGAAUAUCAAUCUCCACUUAAUGCAGCUCUAUCACUUUUUGGGAUAUUUGCAUAUAUUGCAUCUUGGUGUGUGGGGGCUGAAGCGAGAACCUCUAUCUUAGCUGAACCACUAUCUUGCAGGAACUCUCAUCUUUCUGUUGGUGUCGCUCUUUAGCUCCUAGCACUUCAUCCAUUAUAAGCUUUGUCACUGUUGUACUCAUGUAUGUGUGCUUUAGAGCAGUGCUCCUCAGUCCUCUCCUCAAGGCACACCUAACAGUUCAGGAUUUAGGGAUUACCCAGGUGUCUCUAAGGUGUUUAAAAAAAACAAAAAAAAAACACCUUAGACACACCAGCGUAAUCCCAAUCCUGGACUGUUAGGUGUGCCUUGAGGAUUGGGUUGAGGAGCACUGCUAUAGAGGAUGCCACACGGCUGUGGUCAUGGGGAAACACUAAAAGAACCUUCUUGCAGAGGGACUUGACAAAACCUGACAGUGGACAAUCUGUCAUUUGUUCAGUUUUGUCAACUUAAGACCAUGCCAUAAGACAAAGUAGUCCCUACUUUGCCUUAUGAUAUUUUUUGAUUUAGCUAGCAUUUCAACAAAACUCCAGUGCAGUCAAUAUACAUAUUUAAUAGAGAUUACAUCUGUAUGGAAUUACUCAAAAGUGACAGAGUUUAUGAGAACACUGGGAAUGGACAUCAACUCAAAUAGCGUACCCUUCAGUGCAUCCUUGUUUACAUCUCAUACAAGUUUUAGCUCACUUGUGCCAUUACAGAACGAACUUAAGCCUGUAGUAAAACACAGUGGUCUACAGAGGAUCCUGCAAGAUGGUGGUCAUCUUGUGAUGCAUGAAAAGAAGCCUUCUUGCAGUGGUAAUUGACAAAACGUGACAGAUGAAGCUUAGAGCUUUACAAAAGACAAAGUGAUCUCUACUGUCUUGUUAUAUUUUUUGAUUGUGCUUUCAUGAGAGAACAAAUAGUGCCUAAAUGUAGGAAAGUCGGGCUUGAGGAUGCAUGCCAUGAAACUAGAACUUCAUUGAAGAUAUAGUCUGGGCACAAAAAGCGGUAUUCUUAGCAGACUUUAUUCUGGAACAAAAUAAAGCAAUGUUUUAGCUCAUCUACUGAACCUUUAUCAAGCAUGUAACAAGAGUUUAACAAAAUAUUAAAGAGCUUUAUUGAAACGUGUACUGGAGAUCAGGUCUGACAGGGGAAACAUGUACAAAAAGAGAAAAAAAACAGCUGUACCAGUGUUGGACCCUGACGUCCUUAUUUAUAGGUUUAUUGGAUUGUUUCUGAAUAAAGAGACCAAAAUGUGUAAAGUUAUUUUGACUUUCCCUGUCAUGCCUUGCAUUCAGUACACAUUUCAAUAAACAGGGUUAUUCACAAAAGUGUGAAUUCAAAGUGAAUUUUAAAUUUAAAGUCAAUGUAGCCAAAUUGGAAAAUUCUGCAAGUCAGAUAUGCUUUCAAAUCGGCUACUCUGUUCUUAAAGGAACCUAUAGGGACAGGAAUGCAAACAUGUAUUCAUGACCAUAUAGUGUUAAAAUCACCAUCUUGCCCCCCUGUUCCCCCGGGCUCCUCCUAACCCCUCUAAAUAUAGAAAAAUCUUAUCUUUAUUGCAGUCUGCCACUGCUGGCUCUGCAGCUGAUCUGCCUGCUUGGCUGACAUCAUCAGAAGUGAUGUUCUAAGCCAUUCACAAUGCUUUUACAUAACAAAGCAUUGUAUUGGCUAAGCUUGUCAAGGAGGCAGAUCAGGGGCAGAGCCAGCAUAUGCCAAACACAGCCCUGGCCAAUCAGCAUCUCAUCAUCAAUGCAUCAUCAAUGCAUCUCUAUGAGAAAAUAAAGUGUCUCCAUGCAGAGGGAGGAGACACUGAAUGUCAGUGCUGCAAACUCUGAAAACACAGUGUUUACUGAAAAAAGCCUGAAGGGAAUGAUUCUACUCACCAGAAGAAAUGCGAUAAGCUGUAUUUCUUCUGGUGACUAUAGUGUCCCUUUCACUUUGAAUUUCACUUUGAAUUCUCAGUUUACUGAAUAACCCAGAUUUUGUUAUUUUGUACUUGUUUUAUGGCAUGUUUUUAAAGCUUUGCUUUUCCUUCAUUUCAACAUAGAUUUGUAGUCUCUGCUUUGCAUCUACCGAGACUCUGGUAAGUCUCAUGUUAAUUGCAUCUAUCCACAAAUAAGUCCAGUCUUUCCUUCAGUUUAAAAAGUGCAAGGGAACAAACAAUGUAACAUGUUUUUAAUCUGGUCUUAGUUUAAGGUCUUUGGCUCUUGGCUAAAAAUUUAAAAUGUUAAUAUUUUUGCACACAUUUUCAUUAAUAAUCUACUUUUAAUUCUUGUUUUAUUUUUUCUUUUAGAUCCGAAUGAGGUUGUACAACCAUACUUUUUGGGUGAAGAAAAUAAAGUUGAAGAAAUAGAACUGGGUAUUUAUAACUUUACUUCUACUGAACAUUGCAAUUGAGACUAGGUGUACAACUGAUGAUUUAGCUUCAAUCACUUUCAUCUUCCUCUUUCUUUAUCUUUCCCCUGCUCUUUUACCAGUGCAGUGCUACUGUUAGCAUUACAUCACGUACACCUACUCUCCAUUCCUCCAAACUAUAACAUGUCAUGUUAUUUAACUAUCCCUUCUUGGCCCCAUGUGGACACUAAGAUGGCCCUAUGGGGCCACUAGGGUGACCUGAUGCACCAUUGGUGUACCAUUAAAGGUGCCAUUUUAGGGGUUAAUCUCCCAGGAAUGCCCUGGGAGAUUAGUUUGACUUCUUACCUGGGGUUCUUCAGGUGUCACUCUCAUCUCCACUGCCAAAGUUGGAGAGCAGGUAGCUCCUAAAUAAGAACUUCUCUUAGCUCUCCUGAGCUAAGCUCAGUAAUGUAAGGUUUCGCUCAUUGACUGAGAGUGCCAGUUCUACUUUGAUAACCUUAAAACUGUAAUUGCUGUAUAAGCGUUUCACAUCUACUACACAGCUGACACAUUUAGAAUUAAAAACUAUAUACUCUAUAUACAUCAAGCAAAUGCAUUCUGUAUACAGGCAGAAUAUACACUCACAGGACUUCCAGAAUGUGAUUUAUAGUGUAAAACUCCAGAUAUUAAACACAGUAAAUAUGCAAUUCAAGAUUUCGACCAUAGCGUGUCUUGAUAAUGGCCUUAUUAAUAUAAGAGUCCACAGAUUACUUUGAAUCUAGUGCUCAGAAGGGUCCAUAUCCUCCCAUUGCCUGGCUCUUGUGUGGCACAGAGCCAUUCAUAUUUUGUGAAUUAAUCCACAUAGAGUACCUAAGGGGGUUAUUAUUUAAAUCUUGUUGCAAUAUUUUUUCUAUAAUUUUUUCAGAAAACUACAAGUUGCAUAAGUAUACAAUUGUAAGUUUUUUUGCACACCAUAUAUUUACAGUUUUACUAGAAGCAGUAAUAGGUGAUUAAAAAUAUUUUAGCAAUACUAAACAUUAUUUACACCAUACAUAAUAAUACGUGGAAAAGAGAGUGAAACCCUCGGUCAAUAUUAAAGGAACACUAUAAUGUCAGGAAUCACUGUCCAAGAAGGGUGUGCUAAAGUGACUAAGUGCAAAUACAGCAGGCUUUUUAGUUUUAGAUACAUGAAUCUAAAGCUAAAUAGAAGGUUGAGUGAGGACUGGAGGUUCGGAAAGGUAAUUCGAUUACCCUUGUGAAUCAGUUGGGAGAUGUGGGUUAUGCCAGCAUCUUUCCACCUUCUAGAUGUCAACCACGGUUACAAUGCCAUCACAGACAUCAGGGCAGUCGCUGGGAGAGAGUAUUUUGGCGAAAAGUGCUUAUGAAUCCGGAAUGCCAAAGAAUGAAAAAGAAGCUCUAAGUUUGCAUGGACAGCGGACUAAACACGUCAAGCGAGUAAAUUCCAUACUUCAGAGAUCUGAAACAGGAUAAGGCACCUGGAGUCACAUCCAGAGGGACUUUUCCUGUUUGUUAUAUGGUGUGCUGACCGAUAUUGGAGUUAUAUCAGCCCGGUGAGGGCAAAGCUUGCACACUUUGUUAUCUGUGUGUCUUGUUGUCUGUGAGUCUAUUCUAACCCUUUUCUUUAUGCUAUAUUUUAAUGAAAUACUAAUAUAUAUAUAUAUAUAUAUAUAUAUAUAUAUGUAAUUUGUUUUCCCCUGCUAUAUCGCCUAACUAAAUUGGAGGAUUUCUUUGGUCUCUAAUACACAUUAUAUUGUGUCUCAUGUGUAACAAGUGUAUUGUAACCUUCUUUACAAUAUAUAUUUUUUCCACUUUAUUUUAGGGGGUGCUGCCAUCACUAUUUUUUUUUUUUUUUUUUGGGAUAUUACAAGUUAGGCCUGGAUUUAAAUUGAUAAUGUUUUUCAUACAAGCAUCAGCAGCAGUAUAAUUAAUCCUUGAAUUUUGGAUUGUGAUCACUUUGUGAUAAUUGCUGUGAAGUUCCAGCUAAAUGUUAGAGAGUAUUAUUGAUUGGUAGCUGACACUAGAUUAUAAUAUGCCUAUAAAAUAGUAGGACAAAAUAGGAUUAUUAAAGCUGUUGUUUUUAAAGGAUAAAAGCAUUUAUUACAUGUAGAGACAGAUUGAGUUUCACAUUCCAAAACGUCACUAAUUUAAAUUAGUGAAAUUAAAGAUGUGCAAGCUUUUCUUUAAAAUUUACAAGUCUCUAUUUUAUUUUUAUAUUUCUUGUUAGGACAAAAUCUGACUAUUGAAUGCAAAGCUUUCUUUGGAUGUAGCGACACAACACUUGUUGACAUGUACUGGGUACAAGUGAAACAAAAUAAAGAUUUACAAGACAGUGAUGACGACAAGUUUUUUGAAACUUGUGAAAAGAUGAUCUUUACAACAUGUGAAACUAAAAUGAUAAAAAUGUAAGUAAUAAACAUAUAAUAUAUACGUAUAAGCUAAGUAUCUAUAGAGUCACCUGGUAUGGCACCCUAAUGUUUAAGUAAUUCGUCAUAUCUAUUGUAGCAGCAUUGGUCUUUUAAACAAUCAGGACCUUGAGAAGGAUUUUCUGAACCUGCUCCCAGGUGUCAUGUCGGGUUGUUAGAUGCUUAUCCAGGACAUGCAAUUACUUGCCAUAAAAAGGACUGUGUUGAGAAGAAUAUUGGGUUAUUAUUGGCACAUGGGGACAGGUAAGACCAAUUGUCCUGAUGUUAUGAAAUAAAACAGUGUAGAUACCGUUCCAAGGCUUGGUUGGCUCUUUUGGCUGCACCAUUAGUUUCAGGAUAAUAGGUAGAUCAGAAGGUCAGCUAAUAUCCAUUUCAGAGCAAAUUGCCAUCCAGAAGUGUGACACAGAUUGGGUACAGCUGUCAGAAAUUAUAUCAUUAGGGAUAAUGUGAAGUGAAAAUACUUGUUUGGCAAAAAUGAAAGCCAACUCUGAGUAAGAAGGUAGGUUAGGCAAUAGGAAAAAGUGAGCCAUUUUUGUGAAUUUGUCUACUUCAAUUAAUAUAACAGCAUUGCCUCUUGAAGAAGUUACAUUUACAAUGAUCUCAAUGGAUUGGCUGGGCCAGGGUCUAUUAUGGACAGGUGGUUGUUUGAGUACAAAUUCUAAAUGUGUGGAGAUUUAACCUGGGGAGACGUUUUACCAGCAUUAGCAACAUCGCCUGAAGACAAAGAAGGCCACCAGAAAUGUCUUAGUUAUAUAAGAUAAGUAGUUUUCCAAACCCCCUGGUUUCCUGCUUCUUGCUAGAAUUGAAUUAAUCCAAGAGUGGUUAUAUUUCUUGAACAGGAACAAACAACUUGCUAGAAGGGUUGAAGGUAGGUGCAGGCUGUGUAUUUUCCAAUAUUAUAUAGUCUAUAUUAAAGUAGCAGUGCCAAUGAUUCAUACCUUAGGGACUAUGGGAGAUGGUUCUGCCUCCUCAACUUCAAUAGGUUCAUGUUGCCUAGAAAGAGAGUAGGUCUUAGUGUUUCUGUAAGUAAUAUUGAACUUGAUUCAUGAUAAAACCAAUAACCAACAUGGUCUGUAUAGAUGUGAGUCUUUUUUACGUCUGCAUUAUACACGUGAUUCUUGAAAUACCGUGAGAACCAUCACAGGAGAAGCAGAGCCCUCUAGCACGUGUCUCCAUUCUUUAAAGGCCUGGAUGAUUUUCAAAAGUUCUUUUUCCCCAGUAUUGUAUCUUUUCUCUGCACAAGUAAACCUUCUGGAGAAAUAACCACAGGGAUGGGAAGUGAGAUCAGGGGAUUGCCUUUGUGACACAACAACUUAUCCGGGGGCCGGCCGGGGUCCUCAGCUCGAGCCGAACGCGGCUCAAUCACCCCUGCCUCCACACGAGCCGCCAGUGGCUCGAUCUCCUCUUCUGAGUGGGCCGUGUGCACUGACUGAAGUGAGCAGUCACGUGGCCUGCCUGGCACUAGGAGUGCAUCUCGCGUCACGAGAGCGCUCUUAAAGGGGCAGUGGAAGCCACAAGUGGAUUCAGGCCCAUGUCAUUCAGGCACACUCACACACGCAUGUUUUGGGGGCGUAGGCAUGAUGUGGGCCAAUCAAAUUUUAGUUAAAGGAUAUUUAAACUUCCCUAGCCCUAUCCACUUUGCCCUAUUGUGGUUUUUGUUUCAGUACCCUUUAUCCUUGAUCUAUUGUGAUUGUUCUGGUAUUGACCUUGGCUUUGUUCCUGACUCUGAGUUUAUCUUUUACCUUUUCCUGUCUUGCUUGCCCGCCUGACUGAUUACCGUGUACCUGACUCUAGCUAGUUCUCGUUUUCGCUGUCUUUCCGUUACCCUGACCUCAUCUUGUCUCUGAUUAUGCUUUAUCUAUGUCUAACAUUUAAUCCAGCCAUUCUAAUGUCCAGUAAUACAUUAUAUCCUAUUCUUGUCCCUUGCUAUACUAAACUCUGUGUGUUGGGGUAUUUCACCAUGACAUUACGAUAGGGGCAUGGACCCUGCAGGUUUAGGACAGUAAAUGGCCACCUACGAGGUGAAGUUUGAAGAGCAGGAUCACCACAUGGACCAGAUGGCCCAGGCGCUUCAGACACUUUUGUCCAGAACCGCAUAUUUGGCCCCUGAGACAUCGGUAUCCGUACCAUCUCAACCCGUUCUUCCCAUUCCAGAGGCAUCUAACCUGACUAAUGGAUCAGCACACCUGACUCGUCCUCCUAGGUAUGUAGGAGAUGCUAAGACUUGUAGGGGGUUUCUCAGUCAAGUGUAAUUCCACUUUGAGAUGUAUCCCCGAUCCUUUCCCACCGACUGGUCAAAGGUGGGGUUCCUCAUGCAUCAGCUCACCGAUAGGGCACUUGAGUGGUCUAAUCCCAUAGGGGAGGCUAAUGGUCCUCUGGUUCACAAUUUCCAAGGUUUCCUUAUAGUUUUCCACAGGACUUUUGACACUAUCAACACGGCUAAAAAUGCAGCUAAAGAAUUGAUGAGAAUCACACAGGGAUCCAGGUCGGUUGUUGACUACGCUAUCCAGUUUUGUACCCUGGCUUCUCUGGUAGACUGGACAAACAGCGGGCUUGUUACAGCAUUUAUGGUAGGUCUAUUAGAUGCUACAUUGGAUGAGGUAGCGACCAGAGACCUCUCUGUAGCCAUGGAGCAUCUUAUUGACUACCUCAUUGAUAUAGACAAUAGAAUUCAUGAUAGACAGUACACCAGGAAUAGAAAUAGAUGCCUUACUGUAUCCGUUAUGCCUAAGGUUGAUGUUCCUGAGAUUUCCACUUUACCAGAGGUAGAACCUAUGCAGUUAGGGGUUGCCAAGUUUACUGAUGCAGAAAAACUGUAUAGGAGGAAGGAAGGACUCUGCCUUUACUGUGUCAAAAAAGGCCCAAUGUGAAGAGAGUGUCCCGUUUGGCCAGAAAACUCUCGCACCUAAGACUCCGUAGGGGACCAGCCUUGGGUAUGACAUCAGAGUCCCCACAUUUGCCUCUAAAUAGACUGCAUCUCCCAGUUUCCCUGCAUUUCGACAGUUAAAUAGACAGUUUAAUAGAUAUACGGAAUGUUCUAGCCCUGGUUGACUCCGGUGCGGCUGAGAACUUCACUGAUUUCAACUUUUUCAACAGGGUUGUUGCAUACUGAAAUGAUUAAGUUCUAGGUCAUUUCUUCUCCUUCCCAAAUCGUAUUAGGGUAUCCUUGGUUGCUUUUAUACAAUCCCAUUCUUAAUUGGGAGUCAGGUCUAGUAGAAUCAUGGAGUACCAAAUGUCAUGAGUCUUGUUGUAUCACCAAAGUUACUCCUUGGAAUUCUAUUAACGUACCAACAGCUCCUCCUUUGUCUACUGUUAUACCUCCUCAGUACAUGUCUUUAAGAGAGGUAUUUGACAAAAGAGAAACUGAGAAAUUACCACCCCAUACACCAUACGAUUGUAUGAUCGAUUUACUACCUGGUACUAUACCUCCCAAGGGGACAGUGUAUCCUUUGUCUCCCCAAGAGAACCUUGUCAUGGAGGAGUAAAUCAAGGAAUCAUUACAGCAAAGGUUUAUCAGGAGAUUCUCUUCUCCAGCUAGGGUAGGCUUCUUUUUUGUAUCUAACAAGGAAAGUGUAGUCGUAUUGAUUACAGGGGUCUUAAUAAAAUCACAAUAAAAAAAUGCCUAUCCCAUACCAUUGAGCAUUGAGAAUGUAAUUGUUUGAUAGACUUAAACAGGCUACAGGCUACAGUAUUUACCAAGCUGGAUCUCCGGGCUGCCUACAAUCUAGUAUGUAUUAAAGAGGGUCAUCAGUGGAAGAUUGCCUUUAGCACCAGGAGUGGUCACUAUGAGUACACCGUGAUGCCCUUUGGUAUUCCAAGCAAAUGUCUAAGGCUGAAAGAAACUACGGUAUCGGCAACAGGGAACUUCUUGACAUCAUCAUAGCACUCAAGGAGUGGAGGCAUCUUCUGGAGGAUUCAAAGGAUCUUGUUAUCAUUUUUACAGAUCAUAAGAAUCUUUCUUAUUCAAGCGAAUCUAAGAGGUUGUCUUCUAGACAGGCUGGGUGGUCUCUGUUUUUAUCAUGCUUCAAUUAUGUCGUUACCUAUAGAUCUCGUGACCGCAACACUAAAGCAGAUGCUCUGUCUAGGCAGUUUAGAAAAACUGAUAAUAGAAUUUAAUGAUACUCCUGUCAUACCGCCUGACAGGAUUAUCACUACUACUCUUCCCUCUAUUUCUUUGUCUAUCUUACAAAUUAUACAAACCAAACAAAACAAGGCACCAAGGAAAAAAACCUGCUGAUAAGCUAUAUGUUGCUCUCACUGAAAGACAAGAGAUUAUAUCACUCUAUCAUGAUACCAAGACAGCCGGGCAUCCUUGGAUCCCUAAAUCUUUAAUUGCAGUUUUACAAAACCUUUGGUGGCCCUCUAUCCACAAGAACAUCACCGAUUACAUACAAGCAUGUGUCACUUGGGCCAGCAUGAAUUCCUCCCAUUUUGUUUCACUUGUCAAGUUACCUUCGUCCAAAGAUUUGCCUGCUAUAUUCACCAGAGAGGUGUUUAGAUUACAUGGCAUACCUGAUUUUAUAGCGUCCUAUAGGUGUCGUCAGUUAAUUUCCCAGUUCUGGAGAGCCUUUUGUUCAGAGAUGGAUAUUUUUCCUCCUAGUCUAAUGAAGCUGCUGAAUGUGCCAAUCAGCACCCAGAACAAUAUCUUUGCUGUUUUGUUUACCACUAUCAGAAUGAUAGUGGGCUUAAUUUGCUUGUAAUGAUGCUGCUCACAAGUCUUCCAGUCCUUUAUACAUUGUUUAUGGUCGGCAUCCUGUUGUUCACCCCUCUGCAUUCUCUUCACGGGGUAUGCUGGUUCUGGACGAACAUUUGGCUGGUUUGCAUAAAACUUGGGAACAAGUUCAGCAUUCCUUGGUGGAUUCUGCUUCUUGUCAAAAGGUACAGGGUUAUAAGCAACGUAGAGCAGCUCCCUCCUAUGUUGUGAGGGACAGGGUUUGGCUUUCUACUCGUAAUAUCCAUCUCAGAGUUCCUUCUAUGAAGUUGGCUCUGUGCAAUAUAGGUCCUUUCCGCAUCAUGUGCAAGGUUAAUCCCGUUUCUUAUGCCUUGGACCUUCCGAGGAAUAUGCGUGUGCCCAAUAUGUUCCACACCUCUGUGUUGAAACCUCUUCUUUGUAACCGGUUCACCAAGCCUGUUUCUCCCCCUCCUCCUGUCUCUAUUGAGGGCCAGGAGGAGUAUGAGGUGACUGUUGUGCUUGAUUCCCGUCUCUUUAGGGGCCGUCUCCAAUACUUGGUACAUUGGAUCGAUCUCCUCUUCCUUUUGUUUUCCCCCUCUUUUGAUUUUGUGUGUACUUUUUUCUUUCUCUUUUAUAUUUAUUUAUUUAUUUAUUUUUGAGAGUUUCUUUUCCCUUUUUGUCUUAUCAACUUCCCUUCUCCAGUUAGACACUCCAUAUUUUUCCUCCCCUCAGAAUUGGAGUGUACCUUUUUGUUAAACUCAUUGUCUAUUUAUAUGCAGACACAAACUGCAAUUUAAAAAGCAACAUGUGUGGGAAAUUAAACUUCAAUUUCCAUUCUAACUUGUGUGUGUCACUUUGUGUGUCUGUAACAAGGCCAAACAUUCAAGGGUAUGUAAACUUUUGAUCAGAACCAUUUUGGUGAUUUCUAUUAUCAUUAUGAAUUAAAAAGGAGCCAUACAACUAUUUGGUAAUAAAUGGCUUCAUAUGAUCCCUAUCCUUCAAUAAUAUGUUUUUGGUUUUUUUGCAUGAUCGGUUAUAUUUUCUAAAUCAAUGCCAUGAUUUUACAAUUUCUGCCAGGGUAUGCAAACUUUUGAGCACAACUGUAUUCUGAUAUGCUCUGCCACCAUCAGAAAAUCAACAAAGCAAGUAAAAUGUGAUCUAAUUGUUUUUAGAGUUGUUUUGCUAAUUGGUACUAAUAUGAAUAAUAUCUCAUUUCAAUUUCUAGGAAUCAAACAUGUAAAGUAUUUGCUAGCACUAAAUUAUACUUAAUAAACAUAAGGGAAGACAAUGUUAAAUAUAAUUAUAACUGCAAAAUGGAUACUACUUUUGGAAGUAAGAUAAAGAUAUAUACUCUCAAAAUAAAAGGUAGGUAAUGUGUUUUUUUUUUUUUUUUAAUCCUUUCGUGAUCAUCUAAAAUGUAUGACAUAGAACAUUUGUGACCAGUUAUGUAUUUGCAAAGUUAGGAAUUCAUUGUCUUUCUUAUAAAACAUAUGGAAAUGGGAACUCCCAUUUACUCCUUCCUCACAGCAAGUUUGGAGGAGUAAUUUUAUCAAUGAAAUCACCACUUAGAGGGCUAAUUGUUUCAAAUGGUAUACUUGAACAAAAUGCGUUGACAUCACUUUACCUGAGCACCUUGCAUCCCUGUUUGCUGUAGCACCCCUACAGAAAAGCACACACGCCUUAUACAGACCGUUACAGUGUUUUCCCAUACCCCUGUCAAAUGUUGUUGCCAUUGAACCAGAGCGGUCCUCUUUCAGAGCCCUCCCUUUUUGUCCACAAAUUACUUUAUUUGCUACUGGACGCUCUUUCUUUACUAUUGUCACGUACCUGAGUCUGGGUCCUACUCACUAGUAGCAUCUUGUGGAUAAGAGAACAUUUAAUACUCUUUAGGUUACUGUAUCCAGACAUUCGCUUGUAUGGUUGUUUCACACUACUGGCGCUUUUACUCCACAUGCGAGUAGUGGGCAAAUGGUGUAUUAAGUGUCCUUCUUAUUUCAUUUUAUCUAUUCAUUUUUUUUUAUAUUUGUAUUAUUUUUAUUUGCUUAAUAAUGCUCUAUAUUGUUUAUUUACCUUUGUUGUUAUAAGUAUCCUUUUAUGUAUCCCCGAACAGCAAUCUACACACAAAAUUGUUGUUUAUCCUAUGUUUAUGUGCUAGCAAUGCAUGCCUUAUUUUAAAUAAAUAUUAUUUGGCAAUGAAGGAAUUUUUUUCUGGAAACAGAGAAUUGUACUCUUUCACGUCAGUAAAUUCUAUAACUCAAUAUAUUUUUACAUUAUUUAAAAAAAGCAUAGCAACAUAUUUAUAUGUAAAAUUAUAAGUUGUUGUUUUGCAAUGUAUUUAUUGUUAUGCCUCUUUCCAUCUAGAAAAAAAAUCAGAUAUUUCACAAGAAGUCUUCAUCCCAUCCAUCACUUGCUCUAUCUGCAUAGUUCUCCUAGUAAUUGUAUGUGUCUUAUUAAGGAUUGACAUUGUUUUAUUAUACCGCAGUAUAACAGGAAAAGAUGAAACCAUUGCAGGUGAGUAAGCCAUCUUUUAUAAUUGUAAAAUAUAAUUCGUACAGUUAUAAGUACAUUAAUACUGAGUAUAUGGUAAAUCAUGUAGGUUUUAGGUUGCAAUGGGUCAACUACUAUAGGUUUGAGGUUAGUAGAAUUAGGGCUAGAGAGUGACCCUGAGAACCAUUCUCACUCAAUCUGAAACUCCUCGAAUAUGUCAUUCUUAGAACCUUCCCAUUCACCUUGAGACUAUGCCCAUUCAUCAAGAAGUCUUGCCUAUUCCUCUGAUUACUUGUUAUGUCACUGACGCCCUCAUCCAAUUCCUCCCUGUUCAAGUUACUGCUGCCCCAUCCACCGAUUUACACCAGAUGUUACUUACCCCAUAGAGUGCUAACCUGUCACUGCCCAUAUCACUUUUUCCAAAAUCCUCUCCCUCUUUUAUCAUGCUUCUUCUGCCAGAUCUAUUCCAAUCUUUCUGAAAUUAGUUGCUCAUUCCAUUUUUGUCCAUUCAUUAAACCACACUCAAAUUCAUCCACGCACAUAUACAUAUGCACACUACUCUAAAUACAGACAUAUACUAGCACAUUUACACUCACACAUAAUUUGAAACACAGAAGCACUUGUUCAGGUGGGUUGCCAAACCCUCUUAAAGGGUGGACCUGUCAUGAAAUAUUACAGGUGGUAAUUGCAUAGCUCACGCACAGCGAAAGCAGAAAUAACACUACUCGUUAAAAUGUUUUUUGUUGUUCCCCAGCUGGUAGUAUCCAGACAACCCAGUCUUCAUCAAUACACACCUGAAUGAGAGAAGGAGAGAACAAUAUUUAUGUAAAUACUAAGUUUGCUACAAAACACACUGAAAGUAUUUCUGAAUAUUGGCACUACCAGAGUUUUAAUGUCACACUCAUCAUGACAUCACAUACGCAAAGUUUUCUUUGCCACGUAGGCUUUUUCAGAUACUCUAUGCUCCUCUCUUGCCUUUAUGCAUCUUUACAGGAUAAGUGCUGUCUUAUCUGCUAAUCAGACUUUGCUUAUUUUUUUCUAACAAGCUGUUUCUAAGCAACCAAUCUAAAAAAAUACAAAUUAUUUGUUUUUCAAUGGACAUAACAAAUAACCAAACAGUUUCAUUACACUACAUUAUAAUUACAUAUAGAAUGUGUGCAUUAUCUUAGAGACAAUUAACAAAUCCCAUGUAUUUGAAGGGUUUAUAUAUCACAUUUAAAUAUUUGUGCAUAAAACUGGGAAUUACAUAUAUUAUAUAUAAAUAUAAACUAAAUAAAGAUUUUUCACAAUGUGUUCCUUAAAAAAAAGAUAUGUCUGUUUGCCUGUCUAUCUACCUACACAGAGUAGUUUUAUAAAUGUAUCUAUUUGUUUUGUAAAUUUUUUACAAAUUUAGUUUUUUUCAUAUUGACCAUAUAUACAAAAGGUACAAAUGUGAAAAUAAUUUAAAUCUCUUGUUUCAGAGAUUAGAUUCCCCCCCUCAAUAAUUGUAUUUUUUCCCACUGUGUAUGGCUUUAACCACACUGUGAAAAAAUGUCACAACAUUAGAAAACAGAUUCACACUUCACUAACAUAUAAACGUUUAAACCACAUGCAAUAAUAAUGUGUUGCACAAUUUCCCGCUGUGAACUUCUCAUCUACCCUUCCCCAUGCCUUCCAUACAUUCCUUCCACAUCGCUACUAUUAACUCCAGCUGCCACUUUAGAGACACAGAUAGACAAGCAUAGAAAUUACAGAGAAUUGGAAGUGAAAAUAAGGUUAGAUAGACAGAUAGCUAGAGAGACAGACCCUUCCUAAUUGCUACAUAAACAAUAAACUAGAAAGGUAGCUAGGCAGAUACAACAUGCAGAAAGAGAGACAGAUAUACAAGGUGGGCCAAAAUUCAGAGUGAGGUUUUGGGAAUCAAUAAAACAUUUUUUUUUUUUUUUAAUGAACCAAACAAAUAGAGAUUUAUUUGACUAGAUACAGAUGAUGACAUCUUUUCAAUGCACUCAAUUUGCUACCUCACAAUAUCGGGCUCUUUUGAUUGCAUUGUCCAUAACAUUAGAAUAUUUGUUAAUGUUUGAGGCUGUAGCGCUCAAAUUUCUGCCCGAUAACUUACUGAAAAGUCUCCCCAAGCCAGAAGUGCAUUAGAUAGGGUGCAAUUGGCAAUAAUGAAUUAUCCGUAGAUUUUCUUUACCUCAGAAAUUACAGUUUUGCUUAUUGACAAAGCCAAUUAAAUGAAAAUAAGAUUAGUCAGACUUUAUGAGUUGAUGAAUAUUUGCAUUGUGGUUUUUCUGGCUAAUUCGUUGUUCCUUGGUGAAAUUACCAAUGAUGGAUCUCCCAAGACUUCAGUUAUAAUAUGUACCUUCAACAACAAAAAAAUAACUACUAACAAAUAAGUAAUUUACAGUCAGGUCCAUAAAUAUUGGGACAUCAACACAAUUCUAAUCUUUUUAGCUCUAUACACCAACACAAUUGGUUUGAAAUGAAACAAACAAGACGUGCUUUAACUGCAGACUUUCAGCUUUAAUCCAAAUCAGGUGAAUGGUGUAGGAAUUACAACAGUUUGUAUAUGUGGCUCCCACUUUUUAAGGGACCAAAAGUAAUGGGACAGAUUAACAGUCAUAAAUCAAACUUUCACUUUUUAAUACAUGGUUGCAAAUCCUUUGCAGUCAAUUACAGCCUGAAGUCUGGAACGCAUAGACAUCACCAGACGCUGGGUUUCAUCCCUGGUGAUGCUCUGCCAGGCCUCUACUGCAACUGUAUUCAGUUCCUGCUUUUUCUUGGGGCAUUUUCCCUUCAGUUUUGUCUUCAUCAAGUGAAAUGCAUGCUCAAUCGGAUUCAAGUCAGGUGAUUGACUUGGUCAUUGCAUAACAUUCCACUUCUUUCCCUUAAAAAACUCUUUGGUUGCUUUUGCAGUAUGCUUCGAGUCAUUGUCCAUCUGCACUGUGAAGCGCCGUCCAAUGAGUUCUGAAGCAUUUGGCUGAACAUGAGCAGAUAAUAUUGCCCGAAACACUUCAGAAUUCAUCCUGCUGCUUUUGUCAGCAGUCACAUCAUCAAUAAAUACAAGAGUUCCAUUGGCAGCCAUACAUGCCCACGCCAUGACACUACCACCACUAUGCUUCACUGAUGAGGUGCUAUGCUUUGGAUCAUGAGCAGUUCCUUUCCUUCUCCAUACUCUUCUCAUCACUCUGGUACAAGUUGACCAGAACUGUGAAGGCUUUUUUAGAUGUUGUUUGGCAAACUCUAAUCUGGCCUUCCUGUUUUUGAGGCUCACCAAUGGUUUACAUCUUGUGGUGAACCCUCUGUAUUCACUCUGGUGAAGUCUUCUUUUGAUUGUUGACUUUGACACACAUACACCUACCUCCUGGAGAGUGUUCUUGAUCUGGCCAACUGUUGUGAAGGGUGUUUUCUUCACCAGGAAAAGAAUUAUUCGGUCAUCCACCACAGCUGUUUUCCGUGGUCUUCCGGGUCUUUUGGUGUUGCUGAGCUCACCGGUUCUUUCUUUUUAAGGAUGUUCCAAACAGUUGUUUUGACCACACCUAAUGUUUUUGCUAUCUCUCUGAUGGGUUUGUUUUGUUUCUUCAACCUAGUGAUGGCUUGCUUCACUGAUAGUGACAGCUCUUUGGAUCUCAUAUUGAGAGUUGACAGCAGCAUAUUCAAAAUGCAAAUAGCACACUUGAAAUGAACUCUGGACCUUUUAUCUGCUCCUUGUAAAUGGGAUAACGAGGGAAUAACACACACCUGGCCAUGGAACAGCUGAGUAGCCAAUUGUUCCAUUACUUUUGGUCCCUUGAGAAGUGGGAGGCACAUAUACAAACUGUUGUAAUUCCUACACCGUUCACCUGAUUUGGAUGUAAAUACCCUCAAAUUAAAGCUGAAAGUCUGCAGUUAAAGCACAUCUUGUUCAUUUCAUUUCAAAUCCAUUGUGGUGGUGUGUAGAGCCAAAAAGAUUAGAAUUUUGUCGGUGUCUCAAUAUUUAUGGACCUGACUGUAUCUGUCAAAUAGUACUCUGAAUAUUGGCCCACUCUGUAUGAUCAGACAUGUAAACAAGCAGAAGGAGAUGGCUAAGAAUGCAAUGAACAAAACAGAGACAUGGAGGCAAUAUCAUCCUGUCAGCCAAACAUAGUAAUAACAUGCCUCUGCUGUCUUACAAUGAUCAUUGAUCCUGGGAGCCAAUCUACUAAUCAGUGCACUGUUAGCUAAUGUUAGGGCUUAGUAAGGUUAGAAUUAGCUAGGGUUAGCUAAAGUUAGGUUUAGCUAGGGUUUGACUAGCAAGGGUUAGAUUUAGACAGGGCUAAACUAGUGUUAUAGCUUAACGAAGGAUAAUGUCAUUUCACCAAACCGCAGUCCAAUGAAAGAAGGGCCAUGCACAGGAAUUGACGGACGUAGACAUAGAGAUAGACAGACAGACAGACAGGUAGGUAGGUAGGUAAUCUUCUUCUUCAUCAAAUCCCACUUUCCGAUUAUCAUUAUUUUGCAGAUGGAAAGGAGUAUGACGCUUAUGUAUCUUGUGUUUAUGAUUCAUCCAAUGAUGUGGAAGAGAGAAACUUUGCAUUGCAAAAUUUACCGAAUAUUUUGGAAAAUUACUUUGGUUAUAAGUUAUGCUUCCUUGAACGAGACAUUAUUCCAGGAGGAUGUAAGUGUUAAAUGUUACAAGCUUUUCUAGUUUCUCCAGUAUAAUUGCAAAAGGCAUCAGUUCAGGAAUGCAAUACAUCAACCUCGCUGCCAUGUAGUAAAUAAUUUCUAGAUAACCCUUUUAGGUAGGCGGGUAGGUAUAUGCCACAUACAAAGAGAGUUAUGAAGCAAUAAGGGGCCCUGCUAUGUCUAUGCUCCACUCCCUUACCUGACCUUUGCAUAUAUAAGUGGAAAUACAUAUUUUACAAUACACAGGGUUAUUCACCAAAGUGAGAAAACAAGGUGAAUUCAAAGUUAAUUUCCAAAUUAAGUUCAAAAUGGCCGAACUGGAAAAUUUCUCUAAGUCACUAAUGCUUCCAUUUUAUCUACUUUGGUCAGAAAUUUAAAAUUCGCUUUGAAUUUUCAAUGUAGUGAAUAACACUGAUAGAGUUUUAAUAGAGAUUGAAAUAAAUGGUAUGGUGAAUUUCCUUUACUAAACGGCAACUUGGAAAAAAACAACACUUUCCACAUCUAACCAGGCUGAAAAUGUCGUAUUUCUGCAAGAAUAAAGAGAGUGCUUAAAAAAGAUUUUGCAAGUAGCCAUGCAGCUUACAAAAACCUGGAAUAACAUAUACUGAGAUACAUGCAAAUACAACUUCAUUAAUCAAACAUGCACUAAUUCCCUCUGUAUGUUCUAAUUAAUGCUUUCACAGCAACAGUAGAUGAUAUGGACUCCUAUCUUGAAAAAUGCAGAAGGCUUAUCAUACUCCUGAGCAAGAACUACAUAUCUGACAAAGCAAUGUAUGAGCUUGAAAGUGGAAUGCACAAAGCCAUGGUAGAACGGAAGAUUAAAGUUAUAGUGAUUGAAUUUACGUCACUAAAUGAACGUAUUAAAGUCAUGCCAGAGUCUCUGAAACUUUUAAAAGCCAGCAGUCGAGUUAAAUGGAGAAAGAAUCAGUCGUUUUCGGUGAAAUCCAGAUUCUGGAAAAAAAUCCGGUACCUAAUGCCAGCCAAGCCAUUCGAGCCGAAAAUGUCAUAUUCAUGUGAAUGUUAGUUUAUGCUGUUUCGUAAUGUUAUGAUUUGUAAACAAACUAAAUAGAAUAAUAGAAAGAUAAACACAAGUUUGGUGCUCACUCUACAAAAUAAAGAACAGGUUUUUAUAAAUAAAAGCUAUACAUAACGUGUAGCAGUUUGGCAAUGCAUGUACAGUUUCAAGAAAAAGUAUGUGAACCCUUUGGAAUGAUAUGGAUUUCUGCACAAAUUGGUCAUAAAAUGUGAUCUGAUCAUCAUCAAGUCACAACAAUAGACAAUCACAGUCUGCUUAAACUAGUUACACACAAAGAAUGAAAUGUUGCCAUGUUUUUAUUGAACACACCAUGUAAACAUUCACAGUGCAGGUGGAAAAAGUAUCAUGGUGCUAAUUACAAACCUCACUUUCUGAAUUGCUCAACCUACCUGGGAGCAAAAAUUACAGUGAUAAGUUUGUAACUUCAAAUGAUGCUGUUACUACCCAUAUGUUUUUCCUAUUUGUGUUCUUAAUGUUAUGUAUUUUACUUGAAAACAUUUGUAAAUAUAAAACUACAUGUAAAAAUAAAAAUACUUUUGCUUUAUGUUGGCAUAAAAUUAGCUAGAU